AUGGCUGGAGUUUAUAGAGAAACCACUCGGGUUUACCGGGACCCGACUGAGUACUCAUCCGAUGAAGACCGAUACAAGACCUCCACAGUUCGCCGUUACAAAGUAGCGCCAAACCGAGUCGAGAGGGUCGAGCGCACUGAGCGUGUCGAAGUCGAAGAAGACGACCGCCGGUCACGAUACUCGGGCUACCCGCUGCGUACCUCCGGCGAGUAUGGCUAUGCCCCCGACCGCCCGCGCUCCGCCUUUGACUCCCGGAGUCAGGUUGUUGAGCGCACGGUAACCGAGCGUGAGCGCGAAGUUAUUGACCCCUACAGAGGUGACACCCGCAGCGUCGUCUACGAAAAAGAGUACGAACGUGAACGUGAGCGCGCACCCCGCUUCGAUGCCGGCCGCUUCGACGAUGUUCGCAGCGUCGCCGAUAAUCGAAGUGUUAUCGAAGUCGAGCGCGAGCGCGUUGACUGGGACCGCCGCUCUAACAAGUCUCAUCGCCACCACCACCAUCAUCAUUCACCCGAGACAGAAGUCAGAGUCGACAAGCGUGUCGAACGCCGUGAGGAUGGAGACGUCACAGUCGAGAAGCGCGUUGAGGAAUACCGGGACGAUCAUGGCGGGGCAGAGGUCGAGAGAUACCGCAAGGAGACCGAGUUCUACUCUCCCGUCAGCCCCCCACCUAUCCCCCAACCCGUCAUCAUUCGUCAGCAAGCCCCGGAGCCCCAGAAGAUUAUUGUUCAGGAAGCUGCACCGCCCGCGCCCAUCAUCGUACCCCGUCAGGAACCUGGCAUCGUCGUCCUGAGAGAGCGCGAGUCCCCUCGCGAGGUUGUUCGUCGCGAUCCCCGCGAAGAUGAGUACUACUACCGCCGUGAGACAAAGGAGCUUGGCCCGUAUCGCCGAGAUGAGCGUGAGUACCACUACGACCGACGAGGCCGUGGUCGCGGCGAAUACAUCAGCGACGACGAGGAUUACUACAUGAAGCGGACUGUCAUUCGCCGAAACCGAAGCUCCAGCUCAGACCAUCAUCACAAACGCCAUCUUGCAGAGGGAGCCCUCGCUGGCGCCGGUAUCGCUGCUCUCGCUGCGAGUCGAAGAGACAGCCGCGGUGAGCUUGGUGCCAACCGUGGAAGCAAAGUCCUUGCUGGUGCUGCUAUCGGUGGCCUAGGCACUGAAAUCAUUCGACGGGCUCGUAGCGCGUAUGAAGACACCUAUCACGACGAUCAUCACUACGGGUCUCGCUCGAGAUCUCGCAGUCGCAGCUCCCGCAUCAAGACCGGUCUGGGAAUUGCUGCCGCCGCGCUCGCUGUUGCAGGCGCCGCAAAGUAUUACCAGAGUGGAAAGAUCGAAAAGGAAGAAAUGCAUCGUGGUCGAAGCCGCGGCAGAGGCUACUCUGUUUCAAGCUACUCUGUAUCUAGAUCUCGUAGCCGCAGCCGCAAGAGCCGGAAGAGCCGCAGUCGCUCCGUGGCUAAGGCUGCCGCUGCGACGGCUGCCGCCGCGGGUUUGGUCCAGCACUUCCGCAACAAGUCCAAGUCCAAAUCUAGGAGUAGGUCGCGGUCUAAGUCUCGCAUCAGGACUGGAGCAGAGAUUGCCGCCGCUGGUCUGGCAGGCGGAGUUGCUAGCAAGAUCUAUAAGAACCGCAAAGAGAAGAAGGACCGCGAGGUAGAUCGAGAACUGGAAGAGCAGGACUACGAGGAGGAAGUCCGGCGGGAACGGCGUGAACGUCGUCGGUCGCGCAGCAGGUCCCAGGCCCGCUCUCUAUAUUCCGAGCCGCGCAGCGCUGAUCCUGAGCUAGGCUUAGUUGAGUACGGAACAGAACCGCUGCCGACCGACCCGCCUUACCCGCCGGACGACGGGUAUGAGUCUGCAGCGAACGAGAGGCGACGCCGUCGACACCGGCGUAUGUCUGGCGAUGAUUACGACGGCCACGAGCCGGCGAAGAAGAGGAGCAAGAGCCGAUUGAGAGACAUGGCGGCGGCUGCAGUUGGAACGGGAGCCGCUGCGAUUGGACUGAAGCAGUAUCAAAAGAAGAAGGAGAAAGAGGAGGAGGAAAGACGAGAGGAGAGGCGAGAAGACAGACGGUCGAGGGAGAGAAGCGCCCGAUCCCGCUCUAGAGACAGAUCCGUCACACGCGAAAGGACUUACUCAAGAGAACGCGCCUACAGCAGGGAACGCAGCACAGACGACAGGAUGAGGAACAGGGAAAGAGAGAGAGACCGCAGGAGAUAUGAAGAGGAUGCUCGGGAUGACGGGUACUACGACAACUACAGCCGUCCUCCCUCACCUCCACACGCCUCUGGCGGCUCAUUCUACCCGCCACCACCAGCAGCUGCCGCGGGCUUCACCCAGCAUCCCAACAUUUCCACGGCCAACCUAAGAGAUCAGUAUCCGCCGUACCCGUCCUCGGACUCGGUGUACCCUCCGGGACCACCGCCAAUGGGGCCAUCUCCACCGAUGGCCACAGGCGGGGCCGGCGGCUAUCCUCCCCCUCCGCCUGCUGGUGGUCAUCCACCUCCAGGCGGUGGCCCGCCGGGAACGAGAUUUGGUCCUGACCAUGUGAGUGAAGACAUAUCUCGUAGCUCCUCACCACAAGCUGUCCAGCCAGCCGGUCUGGGUCGUGAGGAUGGUUUAAAGUGGCGAGAGCGUGUCAAAAAGUUUCUCCCCGAGUCACUGUCUAGGUCUCGUUCCCAGUCCCAACCGCGAUCUCGGUCUCGGUCCUUAUCUCCUGCGUCUUCAUCGGUGUCGAGCGCUUUAUCCGCAAAGCGUCCUCAUACGGCACAACAUUCUUCCUCCAAGUCUGUUGCCUUUACUCUGUCACCCCAAUCAUCCCAAACCUUGCGGCUGCACCGCUCAGCCCAUGAGCAGCAGGCCGAGGAAGAGGCUAGGAAAGAGGAAGAAGUACCGGCCCUCAGCGAAGAGCAACUGGCGACACUGCGGCCUGUCCUCAACCGUAGACGUUCCUCCUCGGAUCCACCUAGUAGUAAAUCGGUCUCCCGUCGCCGCAAGAGGGAAAUCGAAACACCACCAGAAUCGGAAGACGAGGUUGAGGUCCUGCCCGACCGCUUUGAUACUCAGGGACGACCCGUUGGUGGUGGUGGCACUUCGGGGGCCAUGCGAUGGAGACAAGGGGCGUUCGAAAGCCGGCCACGAAACGGCAAAGGAUUGCAUUCAAGCGGGGCAUGGGCUGUGGGUGGUACAGAUGGCGAUGUUGUGCAGAAGAUUGCGAGCGACAUUGAAGGCAUGAUCAGCGGGCAAAGCAGCUGGAAGAGUCUGCUGAAGGAUGUGGUGGGAGCGGUUCAGGAAGUGCAACAUGGCGGCGACUCGCGUAGGAUAGAGAACAGUGACGACGAUGAUUAUGACGACCGACGAAGGAGGCGGAGGAAGAGCAGAUGA